ACUUGAUCGCUGAUUUGUUUAUUAUUAAACUACGGGGCAGGGUCUGUAGUGCCACUCGAUAUUCCUGCUACCAAAUAUGAAGCAAAACGUACUUCAAUAUUUGUUGUAUGAUGGAAUGAAUACGGAAGGCCAGUUAUUUAGGAUUAAAAAAAAUGAUGUGGUUCAUUUCGUUUUGGACGUGUCUCUGAUUGGUUGCAAUGUCCGGUUUUUUAUUAAUUAUCCUGAUUCCGGAGUUCCAUUCCAGCGGUUGCAAUAUCGAGAGCUGCCUUUGAAUAACCCAACUCUUACUGGCAAACAAUCGGAUUGUUUUGAUAAUUUUUUCGAGUUAAAGAAAAUAAGUGUCUGCGGAUCUUUUCACUUUUACUUUUCAAAAGAUGGAUCUUCUCCUAGCCCUCCAUCAACCGCAACAUGUCUGAAAGGGAAUAUAGCUGGCUCAGGAUAUAUUAUCGUUGAUCCAGAUUUCACUGGUAAAAAGGUUGCCACGGAGCCCUCCAAAAAUAGCUGUGGGAAAAAUUGGGAUUUAAGUGGCGUGGUCCUUCAGUCUUAUUUGUCCAAGAAUCUUGGAAUAUUCCCUGAAUGGGAAUCAAGACUUUAUACAGCCAGGAAUGGUGGUUAUAAUAUGAUUCAUUUUACUCCUCUUCAAGAACUUGGCUAUUCUCGUUCUGCUUACUCUCUCAAAGAUCAACUCACAGUCAAUCCUAGCUUUACUCCACCUGGGGCAACGAAGAAGGUGGACUGGACAGAUAUUGAAUGCUUUAUCAAACAUUUGGAAAAUAAUUGGGCAGUACUUAGUAUGACCGACUUAGUUUUCAAUCAUACUUCAAAUGAUAGCCCCUGGGUUCACGAACAUCCUGAAUGCGCUUACAACGUUGUUAAUUCUCCUCAUUUAGCUCCAGCGUAUAUUCUGGAUCAUAUUGUCUGGCGUUUAACAGUAGAAGCCAGUACUGGAUCACUUGCAAGUUAUGGUAUCCCAGCAAUCUUAAACAAUCCAGAUAGUGAGCUUCCAGCUAUAGAAGUUUGGUUGACACAGAAGAUAGAAGCAGCGAAGUUAUAUGAGUUUUUCUUAGCAGAUGUUGAUAUAGUAUCAAAAGAAUUCAUUUCUUGGUUAAGAAAACAAGCAACAUUUCCUUCAUUAAUUUCCCCGAAUGAAACUAACUUGUCGCUGAAAAUUGACGGGGCCAGAAAAGGAAGACGAUUUGGGGCUACUGUUGAUUUUUCAAUAGCAUGUCAUGAAAUUGUCGGUAAAAAUGAGAAUGAACUUCCCCUUUCUGAAAGUGAGGCUGAAGCUGCUGGUGAAAAGUUACGAGUCAGGUUAAUAUCUCUAAAUUAUGACCAAGUUAAUGAAAUUAAGCAUCAUUUGCAAGCUGCCGUAGGAAAUGUAUUGGCAAAUGCUCGCUAUCGAUUUUACGAUCCUCAUGGACUUAAGCUUAAGCAAGUUACGUUAGAUACACCUAUUAUGUGGGCGUACUUUUAUCAUCCAGUCCCUGACGUAGAAACCAUUGAAGAAGCUGAAGCAAUUUUGGAAACCAAAGAUGCCGCAAAAAUUAUGGCUUUUAAUGGAUGGGUGAUGAAUGAUGAUCCUUUGAAAAACUUUGCAGAACCUAGCUCAUUUGUAUACUUACGCCGUGAACUUAUAGUCUGGGGUGACUCAGUAAAGUUACGUUAUGGUGACAAACCGGAAGACAGUCCAUAUCUUUGGGAUAGAAUGACUAAAUAUACGGAACUAACUGCAAAAAUAUUUCAUGCAGUACGGUUGGAUAACUGUCAUAGUACACCUCUUCACGUAGCACAAUAUAUGAUUGAUAAGGCUAGAGCUAUACGACCUAAUUUGUAUGUGGUUGCAGAAUUAUUCACUGGAGGCGAAUAUGUUGAUAACAUUUUCAUCAAUAAAUUAGGUCUUAGUUCUUUAAUACGAGAAUCCCUAUCAGCUUGUGACUGUCAUGAUUUAGGUCGACAAGUUCAUCGAUAUGGUGCAUCCCGACCUGCUGGAGCAUUUUUUGAACGAGCCAGUGCACGUCGUCUAUAUCCGAGUGUAUCACAUGCUGUCUUCUAUGAUCAAACUCAUGAUAAUCCAAGUGUAUUGGAGAAACAUUCUGUUUUUAAUUAUCUGCCUUUAUCUGCGGUUGGAUCGUUUGCUUGUUGUGCAAUCGGUAGUACACGUGGUUAUGAUGAAUUAGUCCCACAUUAUAUUGAUGUAGUUAAAGAGGAACGUUUCUAUUCGCGAUGGCCUGAUCAAGUCAAUUAUAAUAUUGGUAUAAUUAAGCCAAAAUCUAUUUUAAAUGAGCUGCAUAGUUGGUUAUCAUCUGAAGGAUUUUCUGAAACAUUUGUAGACCAAAUUACACCAAAUGUAUUAGGUGUGACACGUUUUUGUCCAGAAACUCGUGAAGCUGUCCUAUUGAUAACACAUACAGCUUUUUAUGAUCCUGGACCUAAUCCACACCAUUCAGAUUUUCAUCCAAUUCGGUUGGGUGGACGAGUGAAUAGAUUGUUAUGUGAAAUACUCUCGACAUUUAAAGGGGAUUAUCCACCACAGAAAGAUUUUAAAAAGAAUCCACAGUAUAUAAAUGGUUUAAUGUGUAUGAAUUACUCAAUUUUACAAAAUGUACCAGCCACUGAAAGUAAAACAUUUCGCGUAGAAAGUUACUCAGAUGAACAUGGUGUUAUGGUGGAUAGUUUAAUAUUUUACAAUUUCCCACCGGGAUCAGUUGUAAUUGUUUCAAUUAAAUUAGAUGAUAGCCAACUACAAGCCAUUGCAGAUUUACAUAAUUUCAUGUCCCAACAGUUUGAUUGUCGUUUAUAUGAACCUCGAACAAGUCAAGCUAUGGGUAAAGGUGAAAAUGCCUAUAUUCCUUUAAGUUUACCAUCAGGAAACAAUUCGUUACUAAAGCCGAAUUCGAUCAGAGUUCUUUUAGGCAAUAUGAAUUUAUUGGAACUGAACAAAUUACUCUUCAGAUGUUCUGCUGAAGAAUUAGCUGAUGGAUGUAACUUUAAUUCGUAUCAAAUACCUGAUUGGGGUUGGUUGGUUUAUUGUGGGUUUCAAAACAUUUCAAAUGUAUUACAAGGAAUUCGUGAUCGAAACGAUUUAGGUCAUCCAAUUUGUUCACAUCUUCGUCAAGGUGAUUGGUUAGCCCAUUAUUUAACUGAACGUUUGGCAAAACUACCACAUAAUUCUAAUAAACUUAUCACUAAAGCAAUUAUUCAAAUGAGUGAUAUUUUAAAAAUUAUGUAUAAACCUCUGUCAAACAUUCCAAGAUAUUUAGUUCCUGCAUACUUUGAAGCAUUGACUGUUACAUUAACAGAAUUUAUUAAGCUUGAGAUUACAUUACGAUUUGCACCUUGGAUAAGAAGUAGCUCAUCACUUGCGAAAAAUCUAGCAGUAGCUACUACUCAAUUUUACGGUUUUAUUGGAAAUAGUCGUCUUCCUGGACGUGUCAUACAAUUUAAUAAAGAUUCUCAAAAUCCAGAAAUCGAAGCAAUGUUUUGUAGUUUAGCUGCAGGUUUACCACAUUUUGCCGAAGGGAUGUGGCGUUCUUGGGGAAGGGAUACUUUUAUUUCACUCCGAGGUUGUCUUCUUCUAACAGGACGUUACCAAGAUGCUGCUAACAUUAUUCUCAGUUAUGCUAGUUUAUUAAGACAUGGACUAAUACCAAAUCUUAUAGGAGAUGGUUACACUGUUAAGCCAAGAUACAAUUGUCGUGACGCUGUUUGGUACUGGUUAUAUUCUAUCGUUAUUUACGAACAAUUUAUUUCAAGUACUAAAGAAUGCUGUCUGGAAGGAGAUGAUUCUCCUAGUAUUUUAAAUUGUCCAGUUUAUAGAUGGUUUCCAGAUGAUGAUACAGUUGGUUGGCCGGAUGAAUAUUUGACCAAUUCAUUAUCUAGUCAACGUAUACAACCCUUGCAUGAAACAAUGCAAGAAGCUUUGCAACGACAUAUUAAUGGUAUUGAGUUUAUCGAAAGGAACGCUGGGCCAACUUUAGAUGAACACAUGAAACCGGAAGGAUUUAAGGUUCAGGCCAAUAUUGAUUUAAAUACAGGAUUUCCUCGUGGUGGCAACGCUUUUAACUGUGGCACAUGGAUGGACAAAAUGGGCAGUUCAUCAAAAGCUGGUAACCAGGGUAUACCUGCUACUCCUCGUGAUGGUUCCGCAGUCGAAUUAGUUGGUUUGGCGUAUGCAGUUGUAUCGUGGUUAGCAGAAUCCCAUAAUCAAGGUCCAAAUUACUCUGGCUAUUAUCCGCAUGCAGGUGUUCAACUGACAUCUGGUAAGGAACUUUCAUGGGAAGAAUGGUCAAAUCUGUUGAAAAAUUCCUUUGAAUCGCACUUUUGGAUUCCGGAAAGCACAAAGGACCCUAACUUGCUUUAUAAUAAAGGAAUUUAUAGAGAUUCUUUUGGUUCGUCUGGAGGAUACACAGAUAAUCAGCUACGCCCCAAUUUCCUUAUAACUAUGGUUGUAGCCCCUGAAUUAUUUACACCCGAACGGGCAUGGAAUGCAUUGGAAAUAGCUCAACAACGAUUAGCUGGUCCAUUUGGUAUGUGCACUUUGAGUCGAGAUGAUUUAGCUUAUCGAGGAUAUUAUGAUAACUCAAAUGAUAGCUGUGACUUUUCUAUAGCUCGUGGUUUUAAUUAUCAUCAAGUAAGUCUUUACUUCAUUUCUUUAUAUGCUGAAUUACCACCUGAUGAAAUGUCUAUCAUUUCACACCUUUUUUAGUCAUAAUCGCAUUGCAAAGGAUUUUUUUAUCUUUGUCAAUCGUGAAGCCACAACUGUUAUUACUAGGUUAUAAAUGGAUCAUCAGAUUUUUUUGUUUUUCGUUAGUUUUCUUUUUCUUUUAGAGGAUAUCAUUACCUUGAUUUCAAUAUUCUCAUUAAUCGUUCCUUAGUUAUGUCAUGCACACAUAAUACACAAUUCAUACUAAUGUACUUCAUUGAAAGUGUUGAUCUUCUGGUUUCUUCAAGUAUGACAGUAACAUUGACUGCGUGGAUCGAAUAAUGACAUUAUUCUUUGUAUGUUAAACAGCUAUGAACUUUCAUGUCAGGAAGUUGGUAACUUUACGAAUAAUGUUAUAUUCUAUCGAUUUACUGUAGCUUAUAUGUGCACGUGCAUUGAAAAAUUAAUUAUUACCGCCAUAGUAUACGCACAUUCACAGCUAUUUCUAUUAUACAUGUAUACCAAAAGAUUCCAUUUUAUUCCCGGUGCUGCGGUACGAUCUUCAUAUUAAAGUAACGGUACGAGUAAAACAAUUCGUCAUUACAGAGAAAUAAAAUCUGAAUAGUUCACUGCAAUUCAAAUACACAAAAUCAAGAUAAUUCACAAACCAUAUUGUUAAGUGUCAGGUGAAUAACCGGUAGUUAUAUCUCAGUAGCUCUAAUGUCGAAACAAUUUCAUUUUAUUCUCAUUAAUCUCUCCACUACAAUCAAGAAGGUUAAGGCACAGUUCAGUGCACGAUAAACAUUUCAAUCCUUUUCCAGUUGCUACAUUUAUCGACCAACUGGCGUAUCCGGUGUCAUACUGGUUUUCUCGAAAUUACGUAAAUGGUUAUACUACCUAGUAAUGAGUGAAUACUGUUCCCUUAUAGUCUGGAUCUUACUCCGUACUGGUCAAAUCUAACAGCCAGUUAACUAUAAACUUCACUCAGGUUUUAUGUCAUUUGGCUUUAAUUUUUAUGCCGAUUGUGUGAUAAUGCAUCCUUAAAAUACUUAUUACUUACUAUUUUGGAUUUAGGGCCCAGAAUGGUUGUGGCCAACUGGGUAUUAUUUACGCGCUCGUCUUAAAUUCGCUCGCAUGCUAGGCAAAUUCGAUCCUAAACAAUGGGGUCAUCUCACUCGCAACGUAACUGCAGAGUGCCAGAAAACAUUUGCCAGACUGAAUCAGAGAAUGGAAUCAAGUCAGUGGUGUUCUCUUCCGGAAUUGACAAAUGCAAAUGGUCAGCUUUGUAAAGAUAGUUGUGAAGCUCAAGCGUGGAGUGUGGGUUGUAUUUUAGAAGCUCUGUACGAACUUAUUUUCACACAGAACAAAUGAGGUCCUUCAAAUUUUAGAACCACGUUAGUUAUCUUAAUACGUUUAUUUUAACACUAGUUCAGCAAUCCCUUACCUAUAAAAUGUUAUCUUUAUUUUGGAAUCUUUAUCAUAAUUUGAAUGACAGUCUGUUUAAUUUUGCCUUUAUAUUUUAAACUUUUACAAGGUUUUCCUCAUUGUAGUUACACUUAACAGUCAAUUAGUACGUUAUUCAUCAUACAACCUAGAUAAAUAAAUAAAAAGCCUAUCCUAUCCUUU